AAUCCUGCACGUACGGAAGGUAAAGUGGAUCUUUUCUGCCCAAGUAUGCACGGAUGGCUCGGGACCGUGAAGAACCCCAUAUUUUGGCACCUAAAUCCUGCGCUCAAGUUUCAUUUAUUUUCAGAGGCUCGAGCUUAGCCAAGACAAACACGGGAUGGGCUACGUGCACCUUAGCGGGCUGGGGAGAAAAGUCAUCCGCUUUGCACAAAGAAUGACGGGAAUGACACAAUGGGCGCGGCCAUCUUAGAAGUUAGGUGUCCGUACAAGUGAAAGCGCUGUCUCCGCUGACGAAAAAGAGCAAUCGCACCCUGAGUCAUAUACCGCGAAAACGCUUCUAGCUACAUGGGGAAGACGAAGAUUUUUGAGGACAAAAAGGGUGUGGAGAAGCAAUUGAGGUACGAGGAUAUUGUCCACCCCGUCAACGGAAAGUGAAAAAACAGCGACCAGCUGGAACCUCAUUUACGUUUGAGGGACAUGGUCACCGCCCAGUGCAGGUCCUGGCUUUCUGGGAUAAAAUAUUUCCUAUAAGGGAAGGAAGUGAAGGUAUUAAGAUCAAUACAUCAUCCUUGACCAGUGACCAGCUUCAGAGAAGAGCCAGAGUCAACAAUAGAACAAAUAUUCCCGUUGCUGGCUGUAUCUAAGGGCACCAGAAAAUGUCCAAGUCCCAAAGCUCACUGUCAUUCAAGGAUGUAGCUGUGGGUUUCACCUGAGAAGAAUGGCAGCUACUGGACCCUGUUCAGAAGAAUCUGUACCAAGAUGUGAUGUUGGAAAAUUAUAGCAACCUGGUAUCACUGGGGUAUCAGGUUGCCAAAGCAGAUGCAUUAUUCUGGUUGGAGCAAGGAAAACCAUGGAUUACUAGAGGAAGAAAUCUAGAGUCAGGUUUGUCCAGCAACAAGGUGUGCAAGAUGUGUUUCCCUUUGAAACGUCAUAAGCCAAAUAUCUACCAAGAUGGCCGCGCCCAGAGAGCCGUGGCACAGGGUGCGGACAUGUUACGUCCCUGAAGAGAAGCCUAAAUCCGAUCGUCCCAGCGCUGCAGAAUUGACUCGCGCCCUCGUCGGCCGCCGUAGGCCGGUGCCAGUGCCGGGGUUUAAGUGCCAGAAAAGGAAGCAAUCACGGAAUUUAGGUGUAGCCAGGAGAAAAUCAGAUCCUGGCUCCCCAGAAGCAAGAGACUUCAAGUGAAGGAAGGAGGAAGUUCCUGGAUGUGGAUGUCAUCAUUUCUGGGAACACUCUUAAAUGGAAACUCAGAUUUCUUAGCCAAAAUUUAGGGAGGAUCCAGAAGAAACCAAAGAUGAAGCAUCCCAGUUCUUGGGUAUUUCCUGAAACAGAAGAAAAUGACAGAGGCCCAGGUGACUUUUGGUUUGUUUUAUUCUUAACUCGAUUCCCUGAUGGAUUUGUGGAAGUCUGAAGAAAUCAGUUCCUUUACAUUAAAAGUAUAAAUUGGAAAAAAUGAGCUCUGGGGAGAAACAGACUUAGACUGUACCUGUUAACCAGGACAAAGUGGGAUCAUGAAUACAUUGCUCACAUGACUCACAUGUGACCAGUGUUGGAAUAUAAUGUGUGACUCUGCCGAACCCUGUUGGUUACAUUAAGUGUCAGCUUGUGUCCAAAAUCUUUGGCCACCAUCACACCCAGAGAAUCAUGGAAUCACUGACCCUGAGGGAUGUGGCUGUGGACUUCACCUGGGAGGAGUGGCAGCUCCUGGGCCCUGCUCAGAAGCAUCUGUACCGGGAUGUGAUGUUGGAGAACUACGGCAACCUUGUGUCAGUGGGGUUUCAAGCUAGCAAACCUGAUGCCCUCACCAAGUUGGAACAAGGAGAACCGCUUUGGGCAUUAGAAGAUGAAAUCCACAGUCCAACUCAUCCAGAAAUUGAGAAAGCUGAUGAUCAUCUGCAGCAGCACUUGCAAAACCAAAGAAUACUGAAGAGGAUGGGACAACACUAUGAACAUGGAAGAACUUUGAAAUCAUAUUUAGGUUUAACCAACCAGAGCAGAAGAUACAACAGAAAGGAGCCUGCUGAGUUUAAUGGAGAUGGAGCUUUUCUCCUUGAUAAUCAUGAACAAAUGCCUAUGGAAAUCGAAUUCCAUGAAAGUAGAAAACCCAUCAGCACUAAGUCACGAUUCCUUAAACAUCAGCAAACACGCAAUAUAGAGAAAGCCCAUGAAUGCACUGACUGUGGGAAAGCUUUCCUCAAGAAGUCUCAGCUCACUGAGCAUAAGAGAAUUCAUACAGGAAAGAAACCCCAUGGGUGUAGCUUGUGUGGGAAAACCUUCUACAAGAAGUACAGGCUCACUGAACAUGAGCGAGCUCACAAAGGAGAGAAACCGCAUGGGUGUAGUGAAUGUGGGAAGGCCUUCCCCAGGAAAUCUCAGCUUACUGAACAUCAAAGGAUUCACACGGGAAAUAAGCCGCAUCAAUGCAGCGAAUGUGGGAAAGCUUUCUCCAGAAAAUCACUACUCAUUGUACAUCAGCGAACUCAUACAGGAGAGAAGCCUUAUACAUGCGGUGAAUGUGGAAAAUGCUUCAUUCAGAAGGGCAAUCUCAUUAUACAUCAACGAACUCACACUGGAGAGAAACCUUAUGGUUGCAUUGACUGUGGUAAGGCCUUCAGCCAGAAGUCUUGCCUUGUAGCACAUCAGAGAUAUCAUACAGGAAAGACUCCCUUUGUAUGUCCUGAAUGUGGACAACCCUGUUCACAGAAGUCAGGACUCAUUAGACAUCAGAGAAUUCACUCAGGAGAGAAACCCUAUAAAUGCAGUGACUGUGGGAAAGCCUUCAUUACAAAGACAAUGCUCAUUGUACAUCACAGAACUCACACGGGAGAGAGACCCUAUGGCUGUGAUAAGUGUGAGAAAGCUUACUUCUAUAUGUCUUGCCUUGUUAAACAUAAGAGAAUACACACAAGGGAGAAACAGGGGGAUUCAGUGAAGGUGGACAGUCCUUCCACAGCAAGUCACAACUUAAGUCCUAGUGAACACACGCAGGGGAAAAGCCCUGAUAAUAUGGUGACUCUGCAGAUACCUUCUGUGACCCCGCAGAUGCCAUUUAACACCAGCGGGCUCCUAGCAGAUAGGAACGUAGUCCUUGUGGGACAGCCACUUGCCAGAUGUGCACCCUUGGGAGAUAAUAGAAGCUUUGCACAGGACAGAAGCCUUACAAAUGCAGUGAACGUGGUCAUGCCUUCAGUCAUCAAUUACAUCUUCUUUUAUGUUACAAACACAUAAUUGAAAACUGUAUAUUAAAUGCGGAAAAGCCUUGACCAAAAGUAUCUAGUUGAUUACCUGGUUAAGUCCUCCAUAAGAUUUCGAACUUAUGUUUCAAUACAAAGCUUGAAAUCCUGUGAAUGCAGAAAGUAGGAAAGCCUCUUUUGGAAGAGGGACCCUAUCAUUGGUGAUCACCAUGGCAACAGUGAGCUCAUAGUGGGUAGAAAUACAGUGAUGGUGGGAGAGCCUUUGUCCUUAAGAGGUGUCAGUACACACUGGAGAAAAACUCCUGGAAGGUAGUGAAUGUGACAGCAUUUUCAGUGGUACAUUCUGCCACAUCCUUUAGCAGGUGAAAUAUAGAAAUAAAACACUGUGAACCCACUACCGUGAAGUGCCUUUAUCAAAAUAUUAAAGUACUCUUGAAACAAAGAAGCCCUGCGGAAAUGAGGAUUGUUUGAGAGCUUUCUGUUCCAUUCCUGACUUCAUCAUAUGUCAGAUAGUAUAACUGAUGUCUAUUUUUAGACAGAAUAUCUUGAACUAUUACUAUUUACUGCGUUAAUUAUUCUAAAAGUUAAAGGAAAUAGUGUCUGCCCCACAUCACUGGUUAAGGUUAUCACAUUGAGGGAGGAAAAAAGGAAAAAUUAAUUGGGCAGACAGCUAAAGCUGGCCUUGGCAAAAUUCUUUUAAACAGAAAGCUUGAAAAAUCAAGCAUAGGCACGAACAGAGCAGAGUGGGGAAAACUCAGGCAGCAGCUACUCUGAUAAGAAAGUAAGGCCCAGCAUAGAAGCCUUUUGUUCUUUGUGUGAUUAGUGGGCUCCCAGGAAGAAGUUUCCUCCCCUUUUCAGGCAUGUACAUGGUGAACUCCAUGGGAGCUUGCAGGGGGAGUGAGGAGUCUUACUUAAAACAGACCCACAGUUACACAAACAGGAGAAGCUAUGCUUUGUGCUUGCCUAAAGACAGCUACACAGAUAAGGGGAGUUGCACAGACAGCUUCACAGAUAAGUUACACAAAUAGCUACAGAGAUGAGUUUCACAGAAAAGCUUGAAUUCAGUCGUAAAAAUGGCAACCCAUUCAGGCUCCCUUUCUGCUGUGGGGAGCUUUCUUUUUUCACUUAUUAAACUUUCACUCCAACCUCUCCCUUUUCGUCCAUACUCCUUAAUUUUCUUGGUUGUGAGACAAAGAAGUCUGGAUGAUACCUCACAACCAGGGACCUCUACAUUGUGAUGCAUCGGUGAGACUGUAACGACAUUAUAUUCACUUCUCCCAUUUGUGGGUUCCUUUUUUAAAUUGUCUAUCUUCAGUGCCCAACCAAGAUCAUGUGAUGAUUAGCUGUUAAAUUUCUGACCCUAAAGUUAAUUCAAUAUUAUUUCAGAAAAUGAGUCCUUCAAAAAGAAGGGGUAAGGGAUAGGACCAAGGAAUACUACAGUGCUAGGUUCCCUCUAGUGGGGCCAGAGACAGCUGAUCUUUCCAGUUAGGUGUGCAACAUAUCAGACGUCAAGUUUAUAUAGGAUGUGACCUCCCUUCCUGGACUAGGCAACUGAAGCUGAAAGGUUUGGGUCAAUCAACAGGGACUGGUAUAAACAGACUGGGUUGCUACCCCAACUCAGCUCAACCCCUAUCCAAUAGGUAGGGAACAUCUGAGGCCCCAGGAGAGUUAGGGGGAGGGCACUAAUCUGUCAAUAUGCUUUUUUCACAAUGACAAGGCAGCAGAGACCUGGAAACAUAAAGCUUUCCUUAGGCUCUCCCAAGCUCUGGCCACCAAGAGUAACCUGAUGAAGCCCUGCUGGAUCUGCCAUCCUGGCCUACCUGUCACCACCUAGAGUGACCCUCUCAUUCUACCAGUGAUAAACUACACCAGUAUACCUAACAUGACAGCGUAUACCAGCAGAACUCGAGUGGCUUACUGGCUUACUGGCUUACCGAACAUGGGAAGGAAGCAGAGGUGCCCUGUUUUAACUUAACCAACUGUGACAAAAUGCCACAGCCACAACUAACAAAACCUUGGUGGGCUGACACUUUGAUGCACCACACUUUUGAUUACAUGAAGAGUGUCCCACUGGUGAUAAUGAAAAGAAAGACUGGAGUGUUGUUAGCCAUUUGUGCAGGGGCUUCAUGAACAACAUCGUGUGGGAGAAACUAAGUUCUUGUAACAGGUUUGAGACUUGGAUGGCAAACACUAAUGCUUCCACACCCACGAGUGGGUCACUGAACAAGAAAAUGGAGAAGGGGUGUUGUGUGCACCUGAGAGCUAUACCUACAUUUUUCUCUGUGAGUGGUCUAGGGUUUAUACAAAUAUAGGACAGGCAAUGUCAUGCCUGAUCCAAAUUGUUGUUUUCAGAAUCCUGGGAAUAUGAACUUGUAAGCUCCUAGAUAACUGACCAGCUGCAACCUUCCUUGUGGAAUGGAACAGACCCAACAUUCUUCCUGGCAUCUACCCUCAUUUCCUCCCACUGCAGAAGUACUCUCAGUUGAGCAUUUUUGUCAUCUGCUAAUAAUUUUAGCCAGGUGGCAAGUGGAUGGACUGUGGAGUAAGAAGUACCUGCCUCUGCCUCUGACUUGGGUUCUAGCCUAUAGGAACAAGACAUUUUCAGUAAUGGAAGAAAAGCUUCCAGGCUGGGAAGGUCAUCGUUUCCAAUGGUAGCUUGACCUGAGAUGAUACCUGACCACAACUACUGGGAAGGCCCAGAAUAGACAGAAGAGAGAGAACACCCUAGAGUUGCUAGCCCCUAAGAGUUGAAGAAAAUGGCCAAGGCCCAGCUGAAAUAACAG